AUGGUGACAAAGUUCUACCAGCAUAUCAUGGCCCUGGUAUUUGCUAUAAAUGAGAUCAAUAAGAAUCCCAAGAUCUUGCCUAAUGUCACUCUUGGGUUCCACAUCUAUGACAACUAUUAUGAUAUGAAGAUGACUUAUCGUACUACUCUGGACAUGCUCUGUAAAUUGCAUAGAUAUUUUCCAAAUUAUGAAUGUGACACUCACAAAAACCUUGCCGCUGUUAUUGGGGGAUAUAAUUCUGAGGUGUCCUUCCGCAUGUCAGACAUCUUAAGUCUCUAUAAAAUUCCCCAGCUCACGUACGGCUUAUUUGCUCCGAAGGACAGGGAGACAAAACAGUCGCCUUUUUAUAGCAUGGUCCCAAAUGAAGCCCAGCAGUACAUGGGAAUUAUCUGGUUACUUGAACAUUUCAAAUGGACGUGGGUUGGGCUCUUUGUUGUGGAUGAUGACAGUGGAGAGUUUUUCUUACAGGCCCUGGAGCCAUUGCUUUCUCAAAGUGAAAUUUGUUUGGCUCUCAUGCAGAAACUCCCAAACAGUGACAACUGGAAUUCCCUGGAUUCUGUUAUUAAUUUAUUUUUACGUAUAUAUUUAUCUUUGGGAGAUAAUAAAGUUAAUACAAUUAUCUUCUAUGGAGACUCAAUGACCCUUAUAAUAUUUAAUAGCUUAAUGUUUCUAGGCAAUCCCAAUUAUACGGAAAAUGCAUCAUUGAGAAAAGUGUGGAUUAUGACAUCCCAAGUUGAUUUUGCAUUAACAGGUCUUCACAGAGCCUGGGACUUCCAGUUCUUCCAUGGGACCAUUGCCUUCACAAUUCACUCAAAUGAGAUUCAGGGCUUCCAGAACUUUCUUCAAGACAUAAAACCAUAUCAGGAACAAGGGAAUGGUUUUCUCAAGGACUUCUGGGAGCAAGCAUUUGACUGUGUCUAUCCAAAUCUCCAGGAGCCAAUGAAGGAUAAUGAAACCUGUAGUGGGGAGGAGAGGUUGGAGAGUCUUCCUGGACCUCUGUUUGAAAUGCAUAUGAGUGGCCACAGCUAUAGCAUCUACAAUGCCAUCUAUGCCGUGGCGCAUGCUAUUCGUUCCAUAUACUCAUCCAGAUGCAAUCGCAGAACAACGAUCCGUGGUCAAAUAGCAGAACUUCAAGAUCUCCAGCCUUGGCAGAUCCAUUCCUUUCUACAAGGCAUUGAAUUCAACAACUCAGCUGGAGAAAGAUUGUCUUUUAAUGAUAAACGGGAAAUGGGAGGUGGAUUUGAUAUAAUGAACCUGGUCACAUUCCCAAACAAGUCCUUUCAGAGGGUGAAAAUUGGAAGGGUAAACCUCAAUGCUCCCGAAGGCGAAGAGUUCAUCAUCCAUGAGAAUCCGAUUGUGUGGCAAACCAGUUUUAACCAGGGGAUACCUCUUUCUGUGUGUAACGGGAACUGUUACCCUGGCUAUCAGAAGAAAAAGAUGGAAGGGAAGGCAUUUUGCUGCUAUGAUUGUUCUCCGUGUCCAGACGGGAAGAUUUCAAACGCCCUGGACAUGGAUGACUGCAUCCAAUGCCCAAGGGAUAAAUAUCCAAGCAAAGAUCAUCAACGAUGCAUUCUCAAGACAAUAAGCUUCCUUUCUUUUGAAGAACCUUUAGGGAUCAGUCUGGUUUUAGUUGCUGUUUCCUUUUCUCUGGCCACAGGUCUGGUGCUAGCAACUUUCAUUAAACACAAAGAGACCCCCAUAGUCAAAGCCAACAACCGGGAUAUCACCUACAUUCUCCUCAUCUCUCUUCUGCUCUGUUUCCUCAGUGCUUUGCUCUUUAUAGGACAGCCUAGGAAGGCCACCUGCUUUCUCCGACAAGCAGCUUUUGGCAUCAUCUUCUCAGUGGCUGUAUCUUGUGUGUUGGCCAAAACCAUCACUGUAGUUCUAGCUUUCAUGGCCACCAAACCAGGGUCCACUAUAAGGAAGUGGGUGGGGAAAAGAACAACCAACUCCAUUGUCCUAUCCUGCUCCCUUAUCCAAGCAGGCCUUUGCUCACUGUGGCUAGCAACUUUUCCCCCAUUUCCAGACCGCCACACACAAUCACUAACUGCAGAAGUGAUAGUAGAAUGUAAUGAAGGUUCCAUCACCAUGUUCUACAUUGUCUUGGGCUACUUAGGCCUUCUUUCCCUCAUCAGCUUGAUUGUGGCUUUCUUCGCCAGGAAGUUGCCAAACAGUUUCAAUGAGGCCAAGUUUAUCACCUUCAGCAUGCUGAUCUUUUGCAGUGUUUGGUUGUCUUUUGUUCCAUCCUACCUGAGCACCAAAGGGAAAUAUACCGUAGCCGUGGAGAUCUUCUCUAUCUUGUCCUCCAGUGCUGGGUUACUGGGUUGUAUCUUUUCCCCCAAAUUCUAUAUUAUUGUAGUAAGGCCUGACCUGAACAGGAGAGAAGAACUAAUAAGGAGUAAGAAUUAA